AAGACCAAAUAUGGAUUUCAGUCACCGGAAGUCGGUUGGUGCUGCGCUGAUCUGAGAGCUGUGGAGAACUUCAGUGUUGGGGAUCAGAGCUGCUGGGCGGACCUGCGCAGCAGAUGAAUAAAUCACUCUGAUGUGGAGUUGAAAAAGACAAUCCUGGAGCAGAGCGGGUCAAACACGCCAUGACUAAGGACGGGGACAGGAGCGCAAAGUCUGCGCUCAGCAGCCAGAAGCAGCCAAAGACGCACAAGCAGGUCCUGGUUCAGAGGAAGAAGAGGAACGAGCCGUCAUCCGCAGAUGCAGAAAGAUGCUCUUCAGUGAAGAACUUUCCUACAAAUCAGCGGGAGGCUUCAGUGGUCACGAAAGCAGCGGGGAGAGCGUCUCCAAACGUCGCGCCCUGCGCGCAGAGAAAGCUGUCUGACGCCAGCAACGCCUCCGAGGACCUGAGCAAGGACUCCGGCUGCGCGUCUGGGAAAGUUUCCUGCUCGGACAGCAGCUCGGAGAUCUCUGACUGCACCUCGGAGGAUAACAAGCGCGCCUCUCCGAGCAGCGAUAACGACUUAAGCUGGAUCGACGGCGGGGCUUAUGAGACACCGGGCACUCUGCACGACGAGGCGAGCGCGCCGAGAGGAGUCUGCGCGCUCCGGCUGGAUGCUGCCGGAGGAGACCUCCGCUUGGUCACCUCGGCGGGGGCGAUCAUGGAUCUGAUGAUGGGGGAAACCACCGACCACCUCAUGAGGGAGGUGGACGACUUGAGGUCGGAGAAUGAGUAUUUGAAAGAUGAGGUGGAGGAGCUUCGCUGUGAGAUGCUGGAGAUGCGAGACAUGUUCCAGGAGGAGGAGGUGUACCAGCUGCAGGAACUGCGGCUGCAGCUGGAGCAGGCCAACAAGACCUGUCGCAUCCUGCAGUACCGCCUCCGCAAAGCCGAGCGCCGCAGCAUCCGGGUGGCGCAGACCGGGCUGGUGGACGGGGAGCUGGUCAGGAGCCUGGAGCACGACAUAAAAGUUUCAAAGAGCGUGUCCUUCCGGCUCUACAACGAGCUGGAGGCGGUGCAGAAGAAAAAUGCUCAGCUGGAGUGGGAGAACGAGGCGCUGAGGGAGAAGACGCAGGAGCUGGACGUGGCCAAUCAGGUCUUACAAUCCGAGGUGGAGAAAGCCAGAGAGCCUUCUUUGAAAAAGAGGACUACAAAGUCACCAGGCAGUAAAGCAGAAAGGAGGCUUUCCCAGCAGAUGGAGGAGGACAGCGCCGAUCUGAAGUGCCAGCUCUACUUUGCCAAAGAGGAGUUGGCUCUCAUGUGCAAGAAGCUCACCAAGCUGGUGUCUGAGAGCGAGGCCGCGCGGGAGGAGCUGGCCAAAUACCAGUCUGGGUUCAGCGGCGCCGAAGCGGCCCAGUCGCCCGAAGGCAGACAGAACUGCGCCUUAGCCCGGGAGGCAGAGGUCAAAGUUCACCUGAAACUGGUGGAGGAGGAGGCCAUGCUUUUGAGCCGGCGCAUCGUUGAGCUGGAGGUGGAGAACCGAGGGCUGCGAGCCGAAAUGAGUAACCUCAGAGAGAAGGUGGAAGGAGGAGGAGGAGGAGGAGGGGAGGAGGAAGAUGUUCUGGUGGACAAUCGGUCGAUGAAUGUGCAGCUGAAGGACGGAGAGGAUAGUCCGCGUGAGUCAGAAGAAGGAAAAGGAGGUCAUGUGACCCGAGAAGGUCCCGUAGGUGGUGACUCUAACAGUCAGGAGAAGAACCUUGAAGAAAGGCUGAAAGGGAUAACAGUGAAGGAUCACGAGACUCUGGUCGCUCUCAGAGAUCACUCCUGCAUUUUGACGUCAGUCAUUCAGCUCCUGAAGACUCCUCUGAGAAACGGCCACUGCUCUCCUCCCUCCUCCCCGCUGGACCUGAGCUCCAACGGCAAGUUUCAGGGCCCUUUGAAUGACGCUCUGGAGCUGCUGCAGAGCAUGCUGGGAGCUUUUACCAGGAGGAUGAAGAAGCUCCUGGGAGAACAAGAGGAGUACAAAAGCUGCGCUCACAAAGAUGGAGGUGCCGGCGAGUCCGCCGCUUUCUCCUUUGCAGAAAGCAUCAAAGACUCGCAGAUGAAGGAGCUGUGUACCGCGGAGGAGGAGCGGGACGCAAGGCAGGAGGAAGAAAAGGAUCCAAAGAUGCGACUGUCGCUGCAGAUCCUCUGGAUCCUCCAUCAGUGGUGGAACUUUAAAGGACCCAGUCUGGAGGGAAAAGAGGGUAGAGACCGAGCGCUGCCGGUGCUUCUCGGGCUGCUGCAGGACCUCAGUGCAGAGCUUCAAGGCGGCUGCAAGGGGCAGAAAGCUGAGCGCUCCAUCUCUAAUGUUGUUCCUGAUGGAGGACACACAGAACUUCUCAGAAACCUGAAAGGAGAGCGACCGAGGCGGCUGUUUCCUCCACGCGGCUCCAGCAGGAAGAACUGGUGCUACUUGAGCCAGGAGGCCGCCCAGAUGGACAGAGAAGACCCCGUGAAGACCUGGGACCAUCUCAUCAUGCCGCUCAGCUUCCCUGAUCUCAACCUUCAGCAGGCGUCUGCCAGGAGGAGCCACACUGCCCCGGAGAAGUCCGGCGUCCGCAUUUACUACAGCCCCCCCUCUGCCCGGAGAGUCCAUUUGAAUCAGCUGAAGAGCCUGAGUGCAGACGGAGGGUCGGUGGACACCUCCUCUCCUUGGUUCACGCCGCCCACCUCCAUGACUCAGAUCUGUCUGGGUUCCUCCGCAAACCUGAGCGACGACAUGAAGGAGAUGACGGCCGGCUGGAGGCAGGCGGUUCGAGGCGGCUCGCAGAGGAGAGGGAGGGCGGCGGGCCGCGGCGUGGACGUGGCCUGCUGCGGCACCCAGACCCAAACGGAGCCGCAGAUGGUCAGCGUCGGUCAGCAGACAGAUGGGACUCAGGGACCGGCGGUGAGGAGCAGUCCGUCCAGAGUCCCGGGAUCCUCGCUGCUUUCAGCCCGACCUCAGCACAUAUCCGCCUCUAUGGAUGGGAUAGCUGGCCGGGGGGAGAGGUCCAGAACCUCCUCCCCGAAGCUCUACCGCAGACACUCCUCCCUCCCCCUCUCCACCAGCCUGACCUCCACUCCAAAAGAUCAAACUCUGUGGAGUUUGUCGCGCCAAAACCACUCUGGCCUGAGACCCGGCCCAGGGCAGAACAGCGGCAUCAAGCCACCCAGCAGGUCUGCAGGCGCCAACCGGUGUGGCCUGGUGACAGAGUUCCUGCGCAGGGUGAGCGGCCGGGCGGACAAAGCUGCCCCGGGGUCGGGGCAGAAGGGGAAGGGGGGCCCCAAGAACCUGGAGCGCGUUCCGCCCAGACCGCAGGCCGCAGCGCUGCACAGGAACGACAGCGUGACCCGGAUAGUCAACCAGAGGUUCAUGAAGCAGAGAGAGGAGAGCGGCAGAGCUCAGGGGGAGGAGAAGGGAAGCGGGCCGAGCCAGAGAUCCAGACACAGCAGCAGCACCGUCACCCCAGAGGAAGGAAACUACGACUGCAGCUCCAGCAGCACGCUGACCUUCUGCUUCGCCCGUCCGUCCCGCUGCAGUCAGAGACCAACAUCCGCCCCAGGAAAGCUCUACAAACACAAAUACUCACUGCCCGCAAGAGCAGCCGCUGACUCCAGCUUUGGCUGAAAGGAGAAAGUGGACGAAACCUCCAGCUGAGAAGGUUCUGACUGAUGGAGGUGUGAUUGGUGCGAUCACAUUUUACACACUAGUGUCAUCUUUUUUGAAAAUCCUUUUGUAUCUUCUCAUUAAGUUUUAUAGAGAAUAAAAGCUGUGUUUUACUCAAUAAAGUUUGGUGCUCUAAAUGUCCACGUUUGGUCUUCACAGUUGUAGUUUCUACCUUUUCCAUGACAAAGAAACUUGUUUACUUUUCGUUUGCGCUCUCCUCCAGGACGUGACCUGCAGGGCUCCUGCAUCACGUGCUCCAAAAAGAAGGAGUAAUGGAUUAGUUGGUAAUAGGAUGAGAUUUUCUCCUUUGUCAGGAACAUAAGCUCAUUCCCCACCUUCGAAAGAAAGAAAGAAGUCCAUAAGGAUGCUUUUUUUUUUUUUAAAUUCAGGCCUCAGGUUUUGUGAGAGCGGAUCAGCUGAAGAACAAUCCCUUCCUCCACUCAGCAGCUGGUCCUCGGUGGUCAAGGACAGACCAGGCUGAAGUCCACAAUCACACGGGGUCACAUUUCUGCUCACAACAUGUGCUUCACCUCUACUGUUACAGACAAAACACUCGUCGUCAUUGGCGACCUCCCCGUCUGCAGCUCAGAAUAACACAAACUCAAGUUUUUCUUAGCUUAUUCUGUUUUUUUUUAAUGCAGUUAUAGGUUGAA